AUGGCGGGAGGAGGUCUGAUCAUCCUGCCCAAAAAAAAAUGGAACGUGUGGAACAAGGACAACAUCGAGCGGGUCAAGCGCGAUGAAGCGCAGGCUCAAGCCGAGGCCGAUGAAAAGCAGCGUCGCGCAGAGGAAGCCGAGCGAGAGGCUCGGCUCGAGUUGUUGCGUCGGCGCGCACGGGAAGCUCGCCAAGGUGGCGUGGCUGCAGCGAGUGCCUCUUUAGAAGCAACGACCGCAGACGUUUGCGAUGAUAUUGAAGGUGAAUACAAGCCCUUGCAAGCACCUACCGCUGCACUCCUAUCCGGCAAUACAGCUGCGUCCUCGCUCGUCGAUCCACACGCUCACACCGCCGCCAGCAACGAGCCGCCGGUCCCGACGGAGCACAUUAAUUUCUUCAAGGACCUCGAAGAGAAGCAGCAUGCGUCUCUGUCUGUGAAUGUCUAUCAUUCCCUGUCUCUAUGUGUCCCUCUUUUGUAUCCCUCCGUGCGUGCUAUUCCUACGUCUCUCAAUCCCAUACGUUGCCAGGGCGGAAGUCGCGAGUAUGCAGCUGAAAAGCGCCGCAAGCAAGAGGAAUGGGAGAAAAAAGUGGGCAUCCUCAAGCCCCUAGACAGCGUUCCUGUCGACAGCAAAGAGCUAUGGUACACGCGAAGCCACGCCAACAAUGAGCGCCUCGAACGACGCGAGCCCCAUAAACUGGCCGUGCGCGAGGCCCGCGUUGCCGAUCAUGAUCCACUGAACGAGAUGCAGGGCCACUUGGCUCAGCACCGCCGCCAAAAGGCGCGAGCUCAGGCUGAAGAGCGCCGCCGAGAAGCCCGCAACGUUGGCCCAAGGCAAACGCCGCAAGGCUACGACCGGCACUCUCUGCGCGCCGAACACUGGUCGCAGCGGGGGGGUCCCACAAGCAUCGUUCGCUCUCCACAUGGCCCGGGUGCUCGCUCUGACACCAGCCUAACCUCGUCAUGGGAGGCGUCCUCAAGACCCGACUGGCAACGCCAAGGCGGCCAUGACGGCCGGCACCAUCAUCACCACCACCACCAUCGUGAAAGUCACCAUCAUCACCGCCACGGUAAUGUUGAGCCGCAUCAAACUCGCUCCGGCUCGCCCGAGGAGAAACGGAGCAAGCGCGAGCACAAAAAAGACAAGAAGAAACACAAGAAGCACCAUCAUCGCGAGCGCGCCUCGCACUCGACCGACCACCUUCUCUGGAAUGCCCAACUGGCCCGCGAGCGUGAUGAGCGAGAUCGCGUGGCUGCCUUGCUGGCCAAGGCCGCAGCUGCCCCGACUCCAAGAUCAAAGUGA